AUGCCCCCGCGCAGGUCGCACAAGAAGUCGCGGGCUGGCUGCCGUCGUUGCAAGGCGAGGAAGAUCAAGGUGUGUAUGCGCCUUUGGAUUUUCUAUUCGUCAGUUAUUGCUAACACUCAAUGCGACCAGUGCGAUGAAGUCCACCCACGAUGCGGCAACUGCGUAAAGCACGGCGUCGCUUGCGACUUUGAGCACCCCGAAGUCCUCGCCGACCUCCAAGCCGCCGCCGCAGCAGCAGCUCAAACCCCCUCCACCCCCGCGACGACUGUCAACUUCGGCUCCCCCAUCGUCCCCUCCGCCGGCCACCUUUCCCUCGCAUCCGCUCCGCUCGCCCGACCCCUCCCCCCACCUCCCAUGUCCACCACCACCGCCCCGGGACAUCGACUCCUCGAACUCAAACUCAUGCACCACUACACAGUCAUGACCUGCAAAACAUUCACCUUCACCGCACCCGUAACAGAAGACAUUUGGAAAAUCACCGUCCCCAACCUCGCCUUCUCCGGCUCCCAACACCUAGCAGACUCCAUCCUCGCCGUCGCCGCCCUCCACCUCCGAAGCAUCAACCCCAACGACAAAGAAAUCGUCCGCGCCUCCCACGCCUACAUGGCCGCCUCGCUGGAAGAAUACUCGGCCACCCUCAACCAAGGAAUCAACCACACCAACGCCGAAGCCCUGUUUCUAACCGCAGCCCUCAUAGCCUUCCAGUCCACCGCCACCCGCGUCUUCAUGAAAGACGAAGGCCUAAGCAUAAACUCCUCCUCCACCUCCUCCCUCUCCUCCGACCCAUCAAAACGCCACCAGCAACCAGGCUGCUACGCCAUCCCCUUCACCUGGUUCCACUCCUUCCAAGGCGUCAAAGCCAUCACGGCCGCCUCCUGGCAGUAUUUACGAGUUUCACCGGUGGUAACCCAGGUAAUCAACUCCCAAGCCGCCCUCCAACUCGACUUCCGCACCGGCCCAGAGACGUUUUUUGGCCAUUUGUUGGAAGGGCUAGAAGAGGAGCUGAGUAACCCCCCUUCUAGCUUUGACGCUCGGGUGCCGUUGACGUCGAGACCGUUGCCACCACCAAACAGCCCGGACCAUAUUUCUGCCACGAGACAAGCCUACCAGCAUGCGGUGGCGGUGCUGAACUGGGCGCACAAGAUCCCGCACAAGGGCGCGCCGUUGGCGUUCCCGGCUACGGUGUCCAAAAGAUUCAUUGAGCUACUUGAGGAACGGCGGCCUCGGGCACUGGCGAUUUUGGCGUGUUUUUUUGCCUUGUUGAAGUCGCUUGAUGGGGUUUGGUGGUUGCAGGGGAUGGCGAGACGGGAAGUCCUGGGGGUUGUGUCGUUGUUUAACAGUGAUUUUUUCGGGCCGGACGCGUAUAGGAAGUGGUGGCCUCAUUUGGAGUGGGCAAUGAGGAUCGCGCUUUUCGAGCCGGAGAGGGAUGGGAAUGGGCAACAGGGGGGGAUGCCGAUACCGCCAGAGGUUUGGGGGAGUGAUUGGUUUGCCGAGGAGAGGGCGCUGGAGGAGCAGGGGAGGGAGCAGGGGGAUUACUUUGGGCAUAUUGAGCUGUUGAGUCAGAUGAGCAGUGCGGUGAAUAGCAUUCCGACUGUGCCGGAGUAUGCUGCUAUGAUGGCUGGGGCUAGAGGGCAGGGGGGGAGGUGA